AUGGCUACUGAUCCUUCUGGAUUCCCUCCACUUCCGGGCUCCUCGAUUCUGGGUGCCAUACCUCUUUCUCUACCUCCUGUUACGUAUGCUAGCAACCUCUCUGCCUCUCCGUCCUAUUCUGAUGAGUUCCCGAUGUCCUUUGUUUCCCCUGCUAAAAAGCUUUCCUUCAAGACUGAUGAUCUCUCUGAAGGUAAAUCCUUCUGGAACUUGUCCUUGGUUGGAUACUCCAUUGGACAGCGCCCUUACUACGAACGACUACUGGCUGCUAUGAACAAAGCCUGGAAGCUCAAAGGCUCUUUCUCCCUACUUUCUCUGGCAGAUGAUUUUUUUCUCAUCAAAUUUACUUCUGCGGAAGAUUUCGACUUGGUUCGCACUGGUGGCCCAUGGUUUCUGCUUGGAAAACCUUUCAUCUUGCAACAAUGGUCUCCUAAGUUCAAGCCGAAGAGGGACGAGUCUGGCACUUUACCUCUUUGGAUUAAGGUUCUUGAUCUUCCCCUGGCUCUUUGGACACCGACAGGUAUUUCCAAAAUUGCUAGUUAUAUUGGAGUUCCUCUCUACGUCGAUUCGCUUACUGCUAAGAGAACGCGACUUACUUUUGCUAGAAUCUGUGUCCAAAUUGAUAGAAAUUCUGAGCUUCCUGAUGAAAUUCCCAUGGAUAUAGAUGGGGAAGAUUUUAACCUCAAAGUUGUUUAUGAUUGGAAGCCUACCAGGUGUGAGGGUUGUGGUUCUCUUAUUCACCCUUUUGCUCUUUGCCCUUCCAAUCCUACACCAAAACCUGCUAUUCCUCCUCGGCCCCCUUUCCGCGGCAGGAGUAAUAGCAGAAAACCUACAGGGAGGUCUAACUCUCAACUUACGGGGUCUGCUCCUGUCGUUCCUCCUUCUCUUCCUCCCUCUCUUCCCCCUCAAGAAGUUCCUCUAAUAUCCGAUUCCAUUCCUUCUGUUCCUCUGCCUUCCAAUAAUAUUCCCGACAAUAAUGUUUUAUCUGUUGUUGUUAACGCCACGACCCUGCCUAAUCUCAACUUACCCAAUGAAGAAUCUUCCUCUUCCGAUCAGCAGCUAGUUGGGAACAUCUCUUCUAGUCCUGGCAUUCCUAAAUCCCUCAUUCCACCUCAAGUUUUAAUAGCUAACAGCUUCGCUUCUUUGCUUGCUGGAGAUCAGGUUUUAGAGGAGGAUGAUAAUAUUGAGGAGGAGGGUUCCCUCUCCUCUCUUCCUUCUAAUCCGCCUCCUCCCUCUACUAGCCCCAAAGCUUCUCCUUCCUCAACAAAAGCCACCACUUCCAAAAAUCCUUCCCCUGCCAAAAAACCAAAAGGCAAAACGGCCAAAAAGGCCAAAUCCAACAGAUAA